GCUGCUCCCUGCGGCCCGGGGCUUGGGGUGUCCGGGUCCUGCAGCGGUGGGGCCCACACAAGCCCCCGCCCAGCCGGGUGGCUCGGCGGUGCUGCGUGGCCCGGCACCCCGCCUGAAGGAGAGCGGAGCUGUCGGGACUGGGCGCUCCCCCAGCUGCUGACUGCUGGAUCCCGCCUGUCCCAGCAGACCCAGGCUGCCUCUUCCUCCAGGCUCACGGAGAUGAUGUCAUUGGAUGUGGCUGACAGCACUCAAGUGUAUGCUGCGUUCUUAGUUUACUUGGACCUCUUAGAAGGCAGAAACUGGCAUGAAGUGACAUGCGUUGGACUAGCAGAACUCCAGCUCGUAUGUCUCCGUGCGCAUGAGAGAGAAGCUGAGAAUUUACAGGUUGUGGUGCCAACACCUGUCCACAUGUCAUUCACUCAUCAGAGGCUCAGAGAGAUCAUGAAGAAAGCAUGUAUUCCACAAGAUGGAACAGAUUCCCCACUGUCGGUUAUCCUGGCUAUAGUUGAGUCAGAUUCCACAGUAGUCUAUUAUAAACUGACAGACGGUUUCAUAAUGCCAGACCCUCCUGAUGAUACUGAAGACGUGGACAAUAAACAGUGGAGAAAGAAAAGAAGGAAGCUUUUGAGAUGACUUUAAGACAAAGAUGAACUGUUUCUUGGCCCCUUAUUUUCAAAUCUAAACAAAUUCAGUAAUUUGUGUAUGUAAAUUAGAAGGUACAAUGGCUUAACUGCUGCAUUGCAAAUCUUCACUUGCUCUGCAGAACUCUGCUGACGUCUGCAGCAUGCCUCAAAGUAAAAUGGUUUGUAACAUGUUUCAAGGACCUGACUUUUGUAUAAGGCAAGUUACUCCUUCCUCCUGUCUUUUAUUUUUUUAUUUAUUUAUUUAUUUGAGAAGCAGAAGGUUUCAAACUUUGUCCCUUCUUCACACACGCCCCUACAUUUGUGGGAAUGUAAAGACUUAACAGAGUCAGACCUAUGGCAUAAUUUUAAAGGUAAAUAUUGAAAUAAAGUAAACUGUUCUUUA